AUGAAUUCCAGCAAGUCACAACCGAACGACGUCCGACCGAUCAUCAUAUCGGGACCUUCAGGGGUCGGCAAGGGAACCCUCAUCCAAAUGCUCGAGAACGCACAUCCCGGUACGUUCACGAGGACAGUCUCGCACACCACGCGUCAACCCCGGGACGCCGAAGCCGAAGGAAGCACCUACUUUUACGUUUCAAAGCCCGAAUUCCAAUCACUCAUCUCUCAAAACGCCUUCAUCGAAUACACAUACUUCAGCGGCAACUACUACGGUACCAGCAGGCGGACCGUCGCAUACCAAACGGCAGAAGGCUUGGUAGUGGUGCUGGAGAUUGAUGUUGAAGGGGUAAAGCAAUUGCGCGAGACUGCGAUCAUCGACGCUCGCUAUGUCCUCAUUGAACCGCCGAGCCUUGAUGAACUGGAGGCUCGGCUUCGGCAACGGAGCACGAAGACGGAAGUGAGCAUCGAAAAGAAACUUGGACAGGCGAGAUGCGAGCUUGAGCAAGCGGAGACUUCCGGGCUUUACGACAUGGUCCUUGUGAAUGAGGAUCUUGAUGCGUCAUACAAGAAACUGGAAGCCUUCAUUUGGGGACUAUCAACAGAUUGA